UAUAAAUUAUUCAGAAUCGUGGUCAUUUAAUGAUGAACUAUAAACAGUUGAGUAACACCUUCUUUAAGCAUGGUCAAGAGACUAAAGUGCAGUCUCAAAGUCCCAUCAUGGGUCAGACGUUUUGCCAGCGCAAAAGCUCAAAGAGAGACCAGAUUAAUGUAAAAGAGAUUAAAUGGAACUUUGACUGGAGUAAAGACAAAGUUCAUGCUUGGGAAAACCCGCCUAAACAGAAUUUUCAGGUCAAAUUUGAUAGGGAAAAUAAUAAAUCAGAGUCUCGCUGUAAAUCAAGGUCGAAUUUUAUUGGGUUUAAUAAAAGGAAAGCAUCCAUUAUUCUGGGUGAAAAGAUGAAAGCUUCAAGAUUUGUUAUGAAAGAGCUAAGAUCUAAUAAGAUCAAAAAUAAAAAGAGCAAUACUAGAAAAAUUCAAAUACAGAUUGAUCUCCAGCCUCAUGUGGAAGAUGAAACUCAAUUUUCAAAAACCCAAUAUACUCAAAAUUCAAAUCCAUCACCUCAUACAACCCUCAAAUCACCAUCCCCAAUCCCUCAAAUUCCAAAAUCGAAAUUUGGUGAAAUCAUACCACUUCCUAAAACCAACUCUUCAUUUAUCACAAAAAAGAUGAACUCUACAAUAAAAUUCACACCAAACAAUGUGCUUAGACCUUCUAUUCCUUCCUCUGCGCUGAACAAGAUACUAAAAAAUACUAAGGAGACUCCUGGUAGCACCCUGAAUGCUAUUAAUAACAUCAGAUUAGGUUCCAAGAAGUAUUCAACAAGCCAAAGAUUUCUGAAAAAUCUGAAACAGAAGAUAUCUACUGGAAAAUUCAGAAAUUCUGAGGAAAUUAACAACAUGCAAGAUUUAUGAAAUCUAAAAUCAGCCGCAAUGAGAAUCUUGAGCGCAUCUCAUAAGGAAUUUCAGAACCCAAGUGGGUUACAGGGGAGUGAAAAGUAUGAGCAUAGCCUGCAUAGUCAUUUGUCUAGCAAAGAAAUAGAGCAGCUUUCAAAUUUUUAUCCCAAAACAAACAUGUAUAUCAAAAGUUUGAAGCUGUCACCCAGAAGUAGUCCUAAAAAUCAGCGGAGCUUCAACAGCUAUGUUGCCUUAAAGAAUGAGCGCUUGACUGAUGAGUUCAUAUCAGCUCAGAAGAGUUUCAGUAGACUCUCAAGGAAAGGAAAUAAGCCGAAGACCAAUAAUCUUAACCGACGAUCUAGUUGUUGAGAAGAAAAGGACACUAACUUGUUUAAGAAAUGUAAGGAGUACCUUGAGAAAGAAGAGAGAAGGUUCAAGGCUGGAAUGAACAAAAAGCCACAUAAGAGCUUCUCAUUACUGCAAGAGACACCUUGCGACCGCAAGCAUCAAAGCAAGGACCAACCAAAUUUUCUGAGUCCAAAAGAUUCCCAAAAAUGAAAAUUUAACCCAUCCUUCUUUUCAAACCCUGUAAAUAACUACAUCAAAGUCUCAGGGAAGCCUGUCACAAAGGUUGCUAGAUACCGCAUAAAUCCCUCUUCUAAACCCUCUUAAACAUUUUCCCCCAA